GAAGAAGACAGUACACAGUUUCAGAUGCAAAUCAAAUCAAAUCAAAUCAAAUCACUUUAUUGUGGAUACCAGCGGCCAUUACCAGCGGCCAUUUCAGGGUGUUUACACGAUUAUAAAUCACACUUUACAUUUUCAGAUUCCUCCGAAAGUGAAACUAAAUUCAGGAUCUAUUUUAAAGAGCGGAUAUUAAAUGAAGAGAGGAAUAUUCAUCAAAUAUCAUCAUUACUUGACUGAAUCUCUGAAUUAUCUGGAACAAUAGAUCAGUGGAUUGUGAAGCACUUUGUUGGUGAUAUUCUGGUCAGUAAACAGGAACAUCAACAGCUCGAGACUUGUCUUUGCAGGUGUAAAAUCAACAUUUUAAAUGCUGUCAUGACCUCCAGAAAGAGUCUCUCUGGAGAACGUCACACAAACACAAUGAAAAGAGAAUCUCCUGAACCCAGCUGUGUGUCCAUGAAGAGUGACCGGUCAAUGGAACCUCCACUUAACUUCAGGUCACGACCCCCUUGUGCUGAUGUGAGAGAAUCUCCUGAACCCAGCUGUGUGUCCAUGAAGAGUGACCGGUCAAUGGAUCCUCCAGAUAACUUCCGGUCACGACCCCCUUGUGCUGAUAUAAGAGAUGAUGUGACUGGAGACCUGCAGCAGGAUUCUCCUCCACCAGUAGAUGAUGUUCUUCAGACAGUCAAAGACAAACACAAAACCAGCAUGAAGAACAAGUCUGAGAGAGUAUUUGAGGGAGUACACGAGAAUGAAACGCUCCUGAACAGGAUUUACACAGAGCUCUACAUCAUAGAGGGAGAGAGUGAAGGGGUGAAUGAAGAACAUGAGGUCUUACACAUGGAGAAAACACCCAGAACUCAACACCAUCAAGACACUCCAAUCUACUGCAAUGACAUCUUUGAACCUGAAGCAGGAUGUGAGGAGAAGAGAACAGAGCAAAUAAAGACAGUUCUUACUAAAGGCAUCGCUGGAAUUGGGAAAACAGUCUCUGUGCAGAAGUUCAUUGUGGACUGGGCCGAGGGAAAGGCCAAUCAGGAUGUAGAUUUCAUGUUUGUGCUUCCAUUUCGAGAGCUGAACUUGAUUAAAGAUGAGCCGUACAGUCUUCACAAACUUCUGCUGGACUUUCAUCCUGAACUUCACGAUCUGGACUCAAAGAUUUAUGAUGAGUGUAAACUUGUGUUCAUCUUUGAUGGUCUGGAUGAAAGCAGAAUUAAACUGGAGUUUUCAGACAUUGAGAAAGUUCCUGAUGUGACUGAGACUUCAUCAGUGGGUGUGUUGAUGUCAAACCUCAUCAAAGGAGAUCUGCUUCCCUCUGCUCUCAUCUGGAUCACCUCCAGACCAGCAGCAGCCAAUCAGAUCCCCUCCAAAUACAUCAAGCGUGUGACAGAGAUUCAGGGAUUCAAUGACUCUCAGAAGGAGGAAUAUUUCAGGAAGAGAAUCAGUGAUGAGGAUCAAGCCAGCAGAAUCAUCUCACACAUUAGAAGAGCAAGAAGCCUCCACAUCAUGUGUCACAUACCAGUCUUCUGCUGGAUCUCAUCCACUGUGAUUCAAAACAUCCUGAAACAAGACGACAGUGCAGAAAUCCCUCAAACUCUGACUGGAAUGUACAUCCACUUCCUGCUCCUUCAGAUCAAUGUGAGGAAUCAGAAGUAUGAAGAGAAACUCCUGCAGUCCAACAGAGAAGUGAUUGUGAAACUUGCUGAACUGGCGUACAAACAGCUGAUGAAGGGCAAUAUCAUGUUCUAUGAGGAGGACCUGAAAGAGAGCGGCAUAGACGUCACUGACGCCUCAGUGUAUUCUGGGAUCUGCACUGAGAUCUUUAAGGAGGAAUCUGUGAUUCAUCAGAGGAAAGUCUUCAGCUUCAUUCAUCUGAGCUUUCAGGAGUUUCUGGCGGCUUUCUUUGAGAUUUACUCACAUUUAAUGAAGAAGAUCAGUGAACCACUGCAGAUGAUUCUGAGGAAGAAUGAUUCUUUCUUUGAGUUUCAGAAGAUGAAGAAGAAGAACAGUGAAUCACUGCAGAUGAUUCUGGAUUCUAGAUAUGAAUCAGACAUUAGAGGAAACUCUCUGGAUGAUCUACUAACAGCAGCAGUUGAUAAAGCCCUUCAGAGUGCAAAUGGACAUCUGGAUCUUUUCCUGCGAUUCCUGCUGGGCAUCUCACUGGAGUCCAAUCAGAGACUCUUACAGGAUCUACUGACACACACAGAGAACAGUUCAGAGAACAUCAGAGAAAUCACACAGUACAUUAAAGAUAAAAUCAAGAGUGAUGAACCUCUCUCAGCUGACAGAUCCAUCAGACGGUUAAGUGAUAACUAUAAACGUCUCUCAGCUGACAGAUCCAUCAAUCUGUUCCUGUGUCUGCUGGAGAUGAACGAUCAGACUCUGUCCAGAGAGAUUCAGGAGUUUGUGAAAUCAGACAAACACUCAGAGGAGAAACUCUCUCCUGCUCAAUGUUCAUUGAUCACCUACAUGCUUCAGAUAUCAGAGGAGGUGAUGGAUGAGUUUGAUCUGAAGAAAUACAACACAUCAGAUGAGGGCAGAAGACGACUGAUACCAGCUGUGAGGAACUGCAGAAAAGCUCUAUUGACAGCUUGUAGAUUAACUGGUCAGUGCUGUGAAAGUUUGUCUUCGGUUCUACAAUCAUCAAACUCCCUGAGAGAGCUGGACCUGAGUAACAAUGACCUGCAGGAUUCAGGAGUGAAGCAGCUCUCUGAUACACUGAAGAGUUCUCACUGUACACUGGAGAUACUGAGAUUGACAGAUUGUAGAUUAACUGGUCAGUGCUGUGAAAGUUUGUCUUCGGUUCUAAAAUCAUCAAACUCCCUGAGAGAGCUGGACCUGAGUAACAAUGACCUGCAGGAUUCAGGAGUGAAGCAGCUCUCUGAUGCACUGAAGAGUCCUCACUGUACACUGCAGAUACUGAGAUUGGCAGCUUGUAGAUUCACUGGUCAGUGCUGUGAAAGUUUGUCUUCGGUUCUACAAUCAUCAAACUCCCUGAGAGAGCUGGACAUGAGUAACAAUGACCUGCAGGAUUCAGGAGUGAAGUUGCUCUCUGAUACACUGAAGAGUGCUCACUGUACACUGAAGAUACUGAGAUUAUCUGGCUGCAUGUUGACAGAGGAAGGCUGUCGUUCUGUGGCGUCAGCUCUGGGUUCAAACCCCUCACACGUGAGAGAGUUGGAUCUGAGCUACAAUCAUCCAGGAGAAUCAGGAGUCAAGCUGCUCUCUGAGAGACUCAACGAUCCAAACUGCACACUGGAUAAACUCAAUGUGGAUCAUGGAGGAGAGUUCAGGAUUAGAACAGGACUACACAAAUAUUUCUGUCACCUCACACUGGAUUUAAAUACAGCACACCCUGAUCUCAUUCUGUCUGAGGGGAACAGGAAGGUGACACGUGUGAGUGAGAGUCAGUCAUAUCCGGAUCAUCCAGAGAGAUUUGAUGUGUGUCAUCAGGUUCUGUGUAGAGAGAGUCUGACUGGACGCUGUUACUGGGAGACUGAAUGCAGUGGAGGUGCUGCUAUAUCAGUGUCAUAUAAACGAAUUGGCAGAAAAUAUGAUAAUGCUGACUGUGUAUCUGGAUACAAUUUAAUCUCCUGGAGUCUCUGCUGCUUUGGUGACAGAUUCAGUGCCCGUCACAAUAACAACUUCACUGAAAUACGUCCCCCUUUACGCCACAGUGAGAGAGUCGGAGUGUAUCUGGACUGUCCGGCCGGCACUCUGUCCUACUACCGCAUCUCUGACACACACACACUUACACACAUUCAACACCACAUUCACUGAACCGCUCUAUGCUGGAUUUACAUUUUAUAGUAAUUCCUCAGCGAGUCUGUGUGUAACUGAUCAUCAGACACACACACACACACACACACACACACACACACCUGAAUGAGUGAAAUAUACUCACUGUAUCUCACAUAAACACAACUCCAAACUCUUUCCAGAAAUCAUUUCAGGAAUGCAAUUUUUAAGUUGUUAUUUACUAUCAAAUUAAAUAAUAAUAAAAAAUAAACAGUGUUGAAAUCUAAUAUGACGUCAUGUCAGUAACAUGAUCACAUGUCGUGAUCAAACAUCAUGAUGUCAUGUGUCGUUUCUAAUAGUUCUGCUCACAUUUUAUAUUCUUUUAUUUUCAUUUAUUCUGUUUAAUGUUGAUUGAUCGUUAUUAUCAAGUUAAUCAAAUCUGUUUAUUGAAUACUUGUGUGACAUUCAGCUGGAGUUUAUUGAUGAAAUUCAAACACUAAUAUACAGAAGUUUAUUUAAACAUACAGUUACACUUAACACUAAACUAAUGAUCAAUUCAGAUGAUUAUUGAUUUCAGUCUUACAGUCACUCGUGUUUUAUAUCAACACCAAUAACCACAAAUAUUUAUUUCUGUCAGUUCAACUGCAUUAGUUUGUAUUAAUAAAAUAUACUGUAAAUAACACAAAAUGUAGUUUUCCAUGUUCAGUGUUAUAGUUACUAAAUUAACCUACUGAAGCAUUUCUUAAAGAGGCCGUUCAUACCAGAGUGAUGUGUGUAAUAUUAUGUGCAGUUAUGUGGACUAGUUAUCUACUAACUCAUACAAAAUGUCAAACGUUGCAUCACAAUGUUACAAUUAUAGGAGCCAUGUUAUUGUUGAGUGUAGUAUGACAGCUUGUGUCUUUGUAUAAUAAAUGUCUGAAUUAACUCAUGUAUUUGUGUUCCUCCUGGCAGUGUAAAAGACAAUAAAU